AUGUACUUGCGCUUCAAUGCGGUGGCUGUCUGCGACGGCGCGGCUAUACAAAGUUGGAGCUGCGGUAAGGAGUGCGCAGCUACCUUGUCGUCGUUUGACAAUGGUUCGCAGAUACUGAUUGGCCCGACGGGCGAGUACAAUGUGCACGGAUAUGUAACUCGCUUGAAUGCUGCCUCAUGCCUCGUCGUCAUUGCUGGUACGUCGUUCUACAACUGGAGGAACAUUCGAGCAGAUCUGGAAUUUUGGUUGACGAGCUGGCCAUCUGGGGGCGCUGGAAGCACCUCUGCGCGGUGCCCGGCUGCAUGGUGUCGCGGUUGCAAGGUGAUGAAGGGUUUCGCGGCCGCCUACGAGGAGAUACGGCCCGAGAUUUUCGCGGCGGUACGUCAGCUGGCCUGUCCCAGCCUCGUCUUCAGCGGGCACUCCCUGGGUGGGGCCAUCGCGACGCAGGCGGCCCUGGAGGCUUUGCUGAAGCCCGGAUGCUCCUGCCCUUGCCAUUUUGUCGCCGCAGAACAGUGCAUUGAAAGCCAUGCAGGCUUGUGGACUUAUGGGAUGCCACGCGUUGGCAACGAAGCUUUCGCAAACGUCUUCGUGGCAACUGCCCGCGCCCUGCAACAGCUGCCGCCGAUGUGGCGAGUGGCGCGUGAUUUCGACUUAAUACCGCAAGUGCCUCCGAGAUGGCUUGGCUACUGUCACAUUCCAUGGGCGGUCCGCUAUCUGAAAGGUGAUUCUGAGUGGAUAAUCUGCCGGGAGGAGUUGGAAGAUCCUGAAUGCACUUAUCCAGGUGGCACCAUGGCAGACCAUCACAACUAUUUUGGAAUCACGGGUACAGACGAAAACGCAGCCUCCAUCGAGUGUGUUUCUCUGCUUAGCCUCCAGCGGAAACAUGAGCAGCGCCAGUCUUG